UCGUAGCAGACGGUUGUCCCCGUAGCGCUGUGCGGUGACUGUUCUCUUGAGCGGUAAACAAACUUUCCGAAUUUGUCCUUUAAGUGAAUUAUCGCCCUCGAUGGGUAUUUAGAAACAUUUCAGCGUUAUUUAGGCUGCGUGUCUAAAUAACUGAAGAUUUUUGGAAAAUAUUUGAUUGUGAAAUAUAAGUUUUGCAAUUAAGCGUCCUCCAAAGAAAGUGUCAAAACUUUUCACUGGUGGGAAAUUGAAAAAGAACUGAUCAACAACAAUUUUCUGCAUUACAAUAUUAAACCAAGACAAUCAAAAUAGGGAACCCACUCACGAAGUGAAAGGCCGCGAUUACUUUUACAGCUGAGGAAAAUGAUGCUGUAACUUUGCUUCGGGAGGUCGUCUGAACCUAGAAUAUACAAUUGAAGCUGAGAAUAAUUACAAAAGAAUCUGGAUGAUCGUCUAAGACGACUCCGAGUUAUUCUUUCCCUUCGAGAAGGACAGAAAAGACCCAGCGAGGAGCAUCCCGAAAUAGUGGAAGCUAUAUUUCCAAGGCAUUCCUGCCAGGCUUGCAAGGCAACCUUCGCCCGAGGGGAAAGUGGAUUAUUUAAAUGAAAUUGCGGAUUCGCUUUGACACGGACAUACUACAAGAUUUUAUAUUCAGUGCAGCACACAAGACGUCUGUCCGGUACGAUAGUACAAACGUUCAUCCAUAGAUUAUUUUUUCGUCUCGGUUCACGAAACUGAAUGCAGUUAAGAAUAUUUCAUUCUAAAACCGCGGAUGUGAAUCCAAGGAUUUAAUGAGCGACACACUUAAUAACAUACUCGUAUGGCAACAGUUGAGUGGAUGGUACAGCAUGCGAGAAAAACGCACGCUGCAGGUCAUUUGAAGGUUGUUCCAGACGAACCAAGUGCAAUACUUGCAAAUACCAACGUAAAAAGAAAGCAGAGAAAGAGACUCACGAGAGGACGCUCGGCAAAGACAGCAGAAAAGAAAUUGCUGUUGUUGUUGCGUUGGAUAUUGGCACCCCUUGUUGUCACCAUGGCAGCCAACGUUCUGCUUCCAAUAUUAUUCCCUCUGUCGGACGAACUGGACUACCCGAACGUGACGAAGUUCCUUCGAAUGGGGCUGGCGGACAAGAACGAUCAUCCGCCAUUCUUCGAACACAACCUCUAUGAGGUAGAGGUUGACGAAGAUGAGGCCAUAAACCAGACUAUUCUCAGUCUCAAUGCCACAGACCUGGACGAAGUGUCUCGCCUGAAUUACGAGAUCGUGGAAGGCAAUGAGGACGGAACUUUCGCCGUUGGGAACUUGACGGGAGAAGUCUACCUGGCUCAACCGCUCGACUAUGAAACAAAAAAUAGGUACAACCUGCUCUUACUAGUUUCGGACGGCCGCCACGAGGGCGGCGCAACUCUCCAGGUGAAGGUGAAAGACGUCAACGACAAUCCUCCGGUGUUUGACAGGCGUCUGUACGAGGCCGAAAUUACGGAAGAGGACGACCGGGAUCUGCCUCGGAGGCUUGUCACGGUGCGCGUAACAGACGACGACAUCGACAGACCGGAAGACAUAGUGUUUUCCCUUUCGGGUCAAGGCAUCGAUAUCGAAAAUCCUGAGAAUUCGCACUUCGCCAUCGACCCUUCGACGGGAGAAAUUUUCGUCAGGAAGCCACUCGACCGUGAUUACCCCGGAGGCCGACCCCGCUGGGGACUGACGGUGUUUGCACAGGACGAAGGAGGGACGGGACUUGUGAGUUACAGCGAGUUUGUUGUCAAACUGAAAGACGUCAACGAUAACCCUCCCAGAUUUACUCAGGCCAUUUAUUAUGGAAAUGUAACAGAAAAUGGAACGAGUGGAUUGGAGGUCAUAACUAUGAAAGCCGAUGACUAUGAUGACCCUAAUGAAGGUACAAAUGCCCAGCUGACUUAUUCCAUAGAAAAGAAUGUCAUUGAUGAAAUCACUGGUCAGCCGUUGUUCCUUGUAGAAUCAAACACUGGAGUAGUCAGAACUGCUGUUUGCUGUCUGGACAGGGAAGAAACUCAAGAUUACCUUAUCCAAGUAGUUGCAACGGAUGGAGGGGGCCUUAAAGGAACGGGCACAGUAAGCAUUCUAGUGUUGGACAUCAACGAUAAACCUCCAAUGUUCGCCAAGGAGGAAUGGGUCACCGAAACGGAUGAAACAGAAGGUUUAGAUUUACCUGUUCAGCCUAUUCUGACAGUUUCUGUUUUCGAUGAAGAUGAAAAAAAUACUUUUUUGUACAAAGUCAUUGAGUCAUCUGGGUUUGGAGCUGACAAGUUUAUGAUGGUUACCAACCCUGAUGGAACUGGUUCAUUAAAGGUUAUCAAACCUCUAGACUACGAAGACCCUAAACAAAGAGGUGGUUUCAAAUUUCAGAUCCAAGUAAGUGAUUUGGGUGAAAAUAAAAUAACAGAGCCAUAUCAUGUAGCAACGUCAUGGGUGAAGGUGAAGUUAAAAGAUAUCAACGAUAAUGAACCACAGUUUCUUAAAGGUAGUGGUGAAGUUCAAGUGUUGGAAAAUUCACCAGUUGGAACUAGUCUGACAACUAUAAUAGCAACAGAUCCUGAUAAAGAAGGAGAAAGUAAAGUUUACUAUAAAAUUCAUAAAUCAUCUGACAGAUACAGACAAUUCUCCAUUGAUGGGUCAGGAACUCUCAAAGUGCAGAGGAAUUUGGACAGAGAACGUAAUCCAACUCACUUAUUGAGAAUUGUGGCAAUGGAUGAUGAAGUGCCUCCAAAGAGUGCCACUAUGUUACUCACUGUUAGAGUAAUGGAUGUCAAUGAUAAUUAUCCAAUAUUUCUUGAAGAUUACCGUCCAAUUAUACCCGAAAAUGAGCCUCCAAGAAAAGUGGCUGAGAUUCUAGCCACAGACAUCGAUGAUCCAGCCAUGAAAAAUGGUCCCCCUUUCCAUUUUUGGCUCGACCCAAAAGCAUCACCUGCCAUCAAAACUUCCUUCAGAGUGGAAAAUAUUCCGAGGGGGUUGAAUGAAGAUGGCAUGGCUGUUGUUUUUUCGCUUAGAGAGUUUGAUCGUGAAGAACAAAAGGAGUACUUUGUUCCUAUUGUCAUCAAAGACUCGGGUGCUCCCUCUAUGAUGGGUACUUCAACACUGACAGUCACUAUAGGAGAUAAAAAUGACCAUCAAAUGCAGCCUGGGAAGAAGGACAUUUUGUUUUACAGUUAUAUGGGUCAGACACAUGGCACCCCAGUUGGACGAGUGUAUGUUGAAGAUAAAGAUGACUGGGAUUUGAGUGAGAAGACUUAUGUUUGGGAAAAUUCUCCCCAUCCAAACUUUAAACUUGAGGAAGAUAGUGGUAUGAUCAUAAUGAAAUAUGUCCCAAGUAAAAGUUCAUACCAUCUGAACUUUUAUGUGCAUGACCGUAAACAUUCUCAGUCUAAUGUGAAAGCUAGUGUGUCAGUGCAAGUCCGGCACAUUCCAGAAGCAGCAGUGGAAAAUGCAGGUUCUAUUCGAAUUGGAAACAUGACAGACACUGAAUUCAUAAGUCAGUGGGAUUAUAAGACAAAUAAACUUGUCCGCAGUAAAGCAGAUCAGCUCCGAGAAAAAAUAGCAAAGUUAUUUGGUUUAAAGAUAUACAGUGUGGAUCUCUUUAGUAUACAAAUGAAAGAAGAAAGACCACCUGUGACUGAUGUGUUCUUUUCAGUUUAUGAUUCUCAGUAUUAUCAGUCAGUAAAAAUAAACGGAGUGGUAUUAAGGCACAGAACAGCGAUAGAAAAAGCAGUAGGGGUUAAAAUAAUUAUGGUUGGUAUAAACGAAUGUAUGGCUGAAAACUUACAUUGUGAUGGAUCAUGUACAAAUAAAUUUUUAAUUUCUAAAAGCCAGUAUUUGAUAGAUGCCAAUAGAACUUCUUUCGUGGGUGUUCAUACUCGUGUUGUACCUGAAUGUGUUUGUGGUGCUAGAAAUUUUUCUACUGAAGUUUCAUGCCGUCCAAAUCCUUGUUUUAAUCGUGGUCGAUGUCUUCAAGAAAAAUACAGUGUUCACUGUGAAUGUUCAACGGGAUAUGAUGGGCCACAAUGCCAAAUCCUAACUAGAACGUUUCUUGGAAAUGGUUUCGCUUGGUUCCCUCCAUUAGAAGUGUGUAAAAAUACCCAUAUAAGUGUAGAAUUCCUUUCUCAAGAACCAGAGGGGCUAAUAUUCUAUAAUGGACCAAUUACAACUCCAGCAGCAAAUGAGUUUGCUAUAACAGACUUUAUAGCACUGGAGCUGGAGAAGGGCCAAUUAAGGCUUUUAGUAGAUUUUGGAUCAGGAACUCUGCAACUGAAGGUGAAUACAACAACAAGCUUGGAUGAUGACAAGUGGCACAGAGCUGACAUAUACUGGGACAAAGAGGAUGUCAGACUUGAUGUGGAUCACUGUAGGCAAGUUCCACUUGAAGAAGAUGAUAAUGGGAUAAAAGGAAGAUCUGAUAUCUCCAGAUGCCGAGCUUCUGGUACCAUCCCUCCAUUCAACGAAUACUUGAACGUCAACAGCCCCCUCCAGGUAGGGGGUUUGGCACAUCCCCCACUACCAGCUGGGUCUUACAGAUGGCAUCACUUACCGCAUGGUCAUCACUUUAAAGGGUGCAUUAGGAAACUUAUGGUGAAUAGCCAUUUUUAUGACUUUGCUAAUCCUGCUCUUCAUAGCAAUACCGAAAAGGGAUGUCCUUAUUUUGAUAAAGUGUGCACCACAAACUCUACACUGGCUGGCUGUGGGCCCAAUGGCAUCUGUUCCGGUUCUAUAAGUCAACCUGUGUGUCUGUGCAAUGCUGGAUGGACAGGGGCAGCCUGUGAUGAGCAAACAAUACCAUCUUAUUUCGAAAAUCAGUCUUAUGCUAAGUAUGCUCUAUCGUUUAAACCUAGUUCUUUCCACACAGACAUUCAGUUAAGAUUUCGAACCUGGGAGAAAUCUGGUGAACUUUUACGAAUGUCUAACCAACACAGUGCAUUAUAUGGUAUUCUUGAGAUAAGAGAAAAUGGUUUACAAUUCAGAUUCAAUCUGAAUGCCUUAAAACUAGAAGAAAAUCUUGUUCGCUUGUCAAUGGUAAAUGUAAGUGAUGGGCUAUGGCAUUCUGUGGCGGUGAAACGAUAUGGGACAAUUGUUAUCCUCACUAUGGAUGGUGGUGAAGGUCGCAAUUACAAUGAAACUUCAUCACAGUCAAGCAAUGAGCUAAUAGACGUUAAUCCUCAAGGUGGAGUUACCGUUGGUGGCAGGGUCCAAUUCUCUAGUAUUGAUGUUUUCAUGGUACACAGUGAUUAUAAUCAUAGUUGUCUAGAUGAUGUUAGAAUAGAAGGCAAAUCGUUACCUCUUCCUCCAUAUCUCAGUGGUACUCAGUGGGCACAAGCCACUGCCUUCCAUAAUUUAGCCUCACACUGCAUCUCGCGAGACCAGUGCCUUAAUGUGAACUGCAUAACUCCGUUUAUUUGUAAAGAUUUAUGGAUGAGACAUGAAUGUGGGUGUCCAGAGGGAAGCAUUUUAACGAAAGACAAUCGAGGUUGUUUGGAUGAGGACGAGUGUCUGUCUGGACCCUGUGAAAAUGGUGGUAUUUGCAGUAACCAGCAGCCAUCAUAUAUAUGUCACUGCCCUACAGGUUACUAUGGAGACAACUGUGAGCUAGUUCAAGAAGUUAGCCCACUGCAACCAAGUUUACCUGCUGUUGCUGCUAUCAUUGUCUGUAUUCUCAUUGUUCUAGUAAUGAUGGCAGUAUUGCUCGUGUGCUUCUGUCAAAAGCGAAGACGAAGAUUCUCCAAAGAUGAGGGAAGCCAAGAGGGAACUGAGAUGACCGCAAAAUUCAAGGAUGACAGAGGCGGUGGAAGAGUCGUCGGGGAAGGGGAAGUCACCGUAUUGGACCUGACAGCAUUAAGCGUCCCUACUGUCUCUGUCGUGGCUAAUGGGGGAACCUUAAUUCCUAAAGCGAAGGACAUGGAGGACAGUAUGCAAAUGAAGGUGACCAUGGCCAACUUAGACGUGGUGGUCGCGAGUCACCCCGAGAUGCAGAGAAAGUACGUCAGCCAUCAACAACAUCCAUCCAGUUACGACGACGUUCGGAAUUACGCCUACGAGGGAGGAGGAGGCAGUUCGUCGGCAGGAAACUCCUUUUCAUCUCUCGGGUCUGGGACAGACAGCAACAAACUAAGUUUUGACGACCUCAGAGGCUGGGGACCACGUUUUUACAUCCUGGCUGACAUGUAUACGGAAGGAGAAUCCGACGAAGAAGAGUUAGAGAAAGAAGGGGCAAACCAUAGAGUGCAAAACCAGGAGACAAGAAAGAGAAAAGGAAUUAUUUGAUGUUGCUUCACGGAUUUUGAAUUGAAAUCUCAAGCGCGGAAUCGUUUCUUUUUCAUUUUCUUCUUGUGAGCUCUUCAGCAUCACUGAAUGACUGGGACGCCAUAAUUGAAAGCAAACAGGGGAAAUGAUUUUAGUUUUUAUAUGGUAAUCUAAGAGAAAUAGGUUCCUACCAUAACUGCAGUGAGAAUCACGGUCCUGAAAUCAAGAGUCCCUUCGCUUGAGAUAUGGUAAUUUGUCACAAGAACAAAGAUCCCCUUCUUGUCUUGUUAGGAAGUGUCCCUCAAGAGGCGCUGUGGCGAAGAAAGAUUACAAUAUCUUUGUCGCUGAGCAACGAAAGGUUAUCUUUCCAUUCCAAAGUUCAAAGAAAACCUCAAAGAAAUGAGCGUCGUCUAACAGCGACUAUUCCACUAUAAGUUUGCGUUCGAUUAGCUUUUUCUUUUCUUCACAAGUUUCAAAAGUAUACAUUAUCCUUCGCAAGAAAAUUUAUUCUAGAAACAUUUUUUAUAUUAAUAAGUUUCAAAAUUAAGUUAUUCUUCUUGUACAAUAUUUUUGUUAUCUUUAGUAUGAUCAAUACCGACGUACACUGCAACAUGUUCACAUUUCACGUUUGUUUAAAGAUAGCUACUAUUCACGUUAAUUGAUAUUUACGAUAAAAAUAUAGGUAUAUCUAUAUAUAACCAUUUCUUCGUAAAAAUGUACUUCGAGAUUUCGAGAGGCUGUUAAUACUGUUUCAGAUGGUAAUUGUAAAUGUUUUCUGUGAUACGAAGUUUUUUGUAAAUAAACGAAAUGAAAGCAACUUUUAUUUUGUAUCCUAUAGUACGCAGCAGCUAGCAAUUACUCCACCAAAAAUGAUGAUGACCAAUAUAGUA